AUGGGGCUUUCGAACUUGCAUUCCCCAUCAGAUCACAAUUCCCCGAUUCCCAAUGGUGAUGUGCCUCGCCUGUUCUUCGAUGGACCUAGCCCCGAACGCUCUCCGGCCACGGUGCGAUCCACGCCCCGUGAGGAUCAGAAAAGUGGCACGUGCAAACCGAACACAAACGGGUUUCGCAGCUCGACCGACCUGGACGAGGAUCAUCGUCUGCGCGAACUGUUGGCCAUGGUUUCCGAUUCCGAAUCGGACACCGAAUCGAUCGCCGAGUCUAUUUAUCAUCAACCGCCCAAAGCAGCUGAUCGUAGCGCUGCAUCACGUCUGGCCAAGCGCCUGUUUCAUUUGGACGGUUUUCGCAUCACAGAUGUUGCAAAACAUUUGUGUAAACGGUGA